AUGGAGUUAUCUGAUAUAUCAAAACAAUUGCUUGAUGCAAAACGAGAAAAAAAUAUAACAUUUACAGAUAUUGCACAACAACUUGGACGUGAUGAAGUUUGGGUAGCAGCUUUAUUUUAUGGUCAAGCAACUUGUUCUGAUGAUGAAGAAUGUCGAAAAUUAUCUGAUACACUUAGUAUUCAUUUUUCACCAGAACAAAUACAUCAAUUAAAACAUUCAUCAUAUAAAGGUUUACUUAUUCCAUCAUUUCCACCAACUGAUCCAUUACUCUAUCGAUUUCAUGAAAUUCUUCUUCAAUUUGGUGUACCAAUGAAAGAAAUUAUUCAUGAAAAAUUCGGUGAUGGAAUUAUGUCAGCUGUAGAUUUUACAGUUAAAAUUGACAAAGAUGAAACAAUUAAAGAUGCUCCAAGAGUUAAUAUAAAUAUGUCAGGCAAAUUUUUACCUUAUAAACGAUGGUGA